GGAAGACGCUCUCUCACCAGUUGAAAACAAAACUCCCGCGUGGUUUUGCAUCCAGUUUUUAAGGCAGCGCCAAAUGCAUCUCUGAUCUGAUCUCACUCAUCAACUCACUGCAAGCAAUGGCGGGGAAGCAAUCCAAUUCCAAACCGAAGAAGCCAGAGACCUUUGGCAAAGGCAAGGUCACCCCUACACAGGUCGCAUUCAUCGUCGAUAGGUACCUUGCUGACAACAAUUUCUCCUCCACUCGCUCCGCCUUCAGAAUCGAAGCUUCUUCCCUCAUCGCCCAUUCACCUGUUCAUGAGGCACCCAGGAGUUUGUUGACAUUGGGGCAGAUGCUGGAUGAGUAUAUCUGUUUGAAGGAGCAGAAGGUGAUGGUGGAUCAAGAAAGGGCCAUUGUUGAACAAGAGAAAAAUAGGGUUCAAAUGCUGUUGCAGGGUAUGCAGAAUGUCAUGACUGCUUACAAUGCUAGUGGAAACCUCCCUCUUCCGGCUGCAAAAUCUGCGGGUGCGGUGGUUCCUCAAAAAACAUUCAGUAACAAACCUAACUCAGGUGUAGGUGUUCCUACUUCUACGCAAAACAGAAUGAAUAUACAGUCAUUGCCUCCUUCUAGCAAUUCAAAUGCUGAGGGUGGAAACUCAUCAACACUCUUGACAAACGUAUCUGACAGAAAGAGAAAAGACACUAAAGCUGUUGAUGCUCCUUUAGCUGCCAAAAAAUCUCGAGGUAGAUCAUCAACUAGGAAAAUUCCCAGCCAAGGUCAAAACACAUUACAGCAGUCUAAUAAUGUUGCCAGUAUUCAAAUGGAGGCUCAACCUUCUGCAAUUAGGACUUCAGCUGAGAAAUGCACACCCAGUGAGUCACAAGUUCAAGGAUCCAAUGUUGCUAAAUGCUUAUUUAACCAGUCUUCACAUGCUGUUUCAAGUAAUUCACCAGUUCCCAAGACACCUCCAAGAGGAAAAUCAUUGCAAAGUGAUACAAAUAUAUCCCCUGCUGAGAUUUCGUCAGUUGCACCUAGCAAUCGAGAGGCUGCGCCGACUCGUUGCACUGUAAUUUCAACCAGGAGGGUUAUGGUCAGCCCUGCAAAACAGAUGGCUUACAUAGAGAUGAGUCAUUGCAUUUCUCCUGUGAAGACAGAUUCAAACAGGGUGAAUAAGAGGGAUCAUGUUAGGAGCAGGUUGGACUUCGACGCUGUUGAUAUUCCUGAGAGCUUGAACAAUCCAUUGCCCAAUGAGAUCUCUACAUCUGAGUCUGAAAAGGAUUUGGACAUAUUUGGCAUUGAUUUUCCUAACUUAGAUGCCUUAGGAAUUGACUUCUCCUUCAGUGAACUGUUGAAUGAUCUAGACUUUCCUUGUGAUGGCAUUGAUUUUUCUUACAAUCCAACAACAUCAAGUCCUUCUGAGGAUAAUGCUUCUGGGUCAUAUAAUGAAUGCAAUAGUGGUCAUGUCACACCUGACAUAUCAAAUGUGGCUGAAGUUCGGUGUGAGAAAGACAUGAGAAUACUAGGCCCUGAUUGUCUUACUGCAAUGAAAUCUGUCACAAAAAGCAUAACGGUUUUUAGCCCUGAGAAAAAGCGCCCGCGGUCUUUGGAUCAAGAAAAUUGUAAAUGAGUGACAAAUUGAAGAAUGAUUAGGCUGACUUGUUAACUCUGCUUACUGCUGGAGAUGCUUUACAUCAAUUAUUCCUUAGUGGCUAUCCAAGGCUGCUUUUCAUUUAGGAUGAUAACCCCAUUCAUUUAUACCUUGAACACUUGGUCUAUUUGGUUAAGCUAAAACUGUCACCCUUUAAGUGAUUGUCUAUAGCGUUCGCCCUUCUUUUGGUUAUUUGUUAGUGUUAAAUCUAGUUGGUUAGUAUUUAAGAUUUUAACUAAGAUUUAGAACCUAUUUUGAAGUCUGAGUUAUUGUUACUUUAGUAUUGAACUAACAUUAAAAUUUGAAUCCUAAUUGCUUUCUUGUGUGCUUGAAUAUUCAACUUUUGUAGUAAAUAAAGCUACAACAAUAUGUAUUUUGGAUAA